AUGCGUCGUAACUGCAGCCCUAAACGUGAGGUCAUCUACGAAGAGAAUGGAACCAUUGUAGUAUGGCAAUGGUUGGGUUUCAAUCGGUAUUUGCCUCCUGGAAAAACAAUGCAGAAACUGAUGAGGGGUUGCGCAAGCGAUUAUCGUAAUAGCGAAUCUUUUAAAGUCCUAUCUGCCUACAAUCUUCCGACCGAUACGCCUAAUGUCGCUAUAUACACGUCGGUCGACCACGAUCCGCUUGCGUUCAUUCCGAUGGGAAAGUUCAUCCGAAUUGUCAACAUAACGCGCUUUCAGCCACGUAGGCCUCCAGGUUUUCCUGUAGACGAUGAAGUAGUGAAGCUCGCCCGACGGAUGCAUCUAGACGACAAUCCUGUAGAGCAACUUCGAACGGACGAGCCUCAAGGCGAUCGUGGACUCCAAGACGAAGAGGAAGCUGACAAUGAGCAACUUCACCCUGAAUCGGCGGAAGAAGAAGCAUAUGGUGAUGGGGAAAAUGAAGAGUCGCCCAGUCCGCAGCCUUCCAUCCUUUUGACGAAUCUGUUUGAUUCCGUCUCAGGAUGGGAUAUCGACCUAGCAGCUAUCCCAGAGUCGAAGCGCGCGGAGUUUCCGAAGAUAGGACUCUGCGAGGUAGCACCUAGCGGAAAUCUUGUGCUAGGUGUGGGCGCGAAGAGUACAUUGUACAUCUGGCGAUUGUCGGGCUAA